AUGGAAAGUUCCGAAAAUCAUGGUGCCCAACCGGCAGUCCAACAACAAAUACCUCUCCUCUCAGGAAUCUAUAGUCCACCUCCAACCCAUGAACAUGGCCCUGACACUGCAAAACGCUAUGAAGCUCUUGAAAAUGAAUCAGAAUUUAUCAUAAGCCAAGCAAAAACACCACACCUUCCCACAGACUCAAAUUUCUCAGAUCAGCCCCCACGACAUCAGCGAGGAAACAGUACAAACCGCCUUGGAAUCUUCAGCAAAGUCUUCGCAACAAGCGGUCCUCCUUCUCCAAAAUUUGAAACUAUUUCUGUCACUAUCCUCUUAUUACCUCAAGCCGGUACACGACCCCUUCUUCUCACUCUCCGUACAAUUGACAUCCGCCUCGAAGGACAUAAAGACAAUCACCUGUCGCACAUCCCCGAUAUGCGCUCAUUUUGGGGCGAUGGCGAUGCCUGGCACGCUCGAAUACAAAAAUAUUCUUCCCUAGCCAUGGUCAAAGAUUCCGCAGAUCACGCUUUAACAGGAACAUACAUGCUGUUAUACACGCCGGAAGGAAACGGAUUACCUCUGAACGAGAGAUGGACUGAAGGAGUUAGUGGAGAUGCAUGUAUAGUGAAGCUAGGCAAGAAUGUUUGGGGAAAAGGAGGAGCGGCUGCGUAUGAGGAUAUUGAUAAGGAAUUUUUAAAUAGUGGGUUGUAUAAAAAAAUGUUGAUGGGACUGUUCGAGAGUCAUUCGAAGAGUUCUAAGUCCUCAAAGGGUUCGAAGUCAGAUGCGGCUAAACAAGAGAAGGAGAGUAUUGAUAAGGAGACUUCGUGA